UAUUAGUCGACUUUUGAUAAUUUCGUUGGAAUCACAAAAAUUAACGAGAAUUAAAAUUUGAACCGAAUGACUUUUACCGCUUCUUUUUGAGUAAAAGAAAACAUUAAAUCAGCUGAUUGAAUUUGUUUACAAAUCGAUUUUGUCUCAUAAUUUAAUUUACCCCGAUGGUGAUUUUCUGAUGGUUAUUUGAUUGAUUAUUUCGUUAAUUUCUUGUUGGUCGAGUAACAAUUAAUUCGUUUUAAAAUGGCUGAACGAAAAGCUACUAAUAAAUAUAUUCCAUCGGAUUUUGAUCCAGUUAAACAUCGAAGUGUCAACAAGUAUCGAAAUAGUCAUCCAUUGAGAGAAAGAGCUCGAAAAUUAGACCAAGGAAUAUUAAUCAUUCGAUUCGAGUUACCUUAUAAUAUCUGGUGUGGUGGUUGUAACAAUCAUGUUGGAAUGGGUGUUAGAUAUAAUGCUGAGAAGAGUAAAGUUGGAAUGUACCUGACUACACCUAUUUACAAGUUCCGAAUGAAAUGUCAUUUGUGUGAUAAUCAUUUCGAGAUUCAAACAGAUCCUGCUAAUUGUGAUUAUGUUAUUGUUUGUGGUGCUCGAAGGCAAGAGAACCGUUGGGAUCCAAGUGAAAAUGGGCAAAUUGUCACCGAGGAUAAAGAUGAUAUUAAGAAAAUGGCAACUGAUGCGAUGUUUAAACUGGAACAUGAUUCGGAAGAUUUGGAGAAAAAUAAACAAAUGGCUCCGGUUAUUGAUAAAUUACAAGAUUUUCAAGAUAGAUGGAGAGACGAUUUCUCAGCGAAUCAACAAUUGCGAAAACAUUUAAGGACACAAAAAUCAAAGGAUAAAACAGAAAAGGACAAAGAUGAUGCUCUUCUUAAGAAAUUAUCAAUUGGAGUUAAAUUAUUGCCCGAAUCAUCAUACGAUGUUAAGCUUUCAUCGCUAAUUAGAUUAGAACCAACAGAAACUUUUCAAGAAAGAAAGGAAUCAACUCGAAACCGAAUCGUAACCGAAUCAAUAUUUAAAUCAUCAGAAGAAUCAAAAUCAAAUAGUAAUCUGAAUAAACAAUUUAUCGAAAUUGCUAAAUCAUUAGCAAUUAAGAAAGUUGAAGAGGAAGAUAUUUCGCUUGAUGAGAAAAAAUUAGGAAUUUCUUUAAUCAAACCAAUUGCUGGUUCAUCACAAUCAACAAUUAAAAGUUUGGUUCCCUAUGCAAGUGAUCAAAGUGAUUCUGAUUAAACCAAUUCACGGAACAACAAAUGAUUGAUAUAUAACAAUCAAAUCCCAAAACCUUGUCUAUAAAAUUGAUUAGUUAAUUAUUGUAUAAAUUGUAUAUUUGAAUUAUAAACAAAAAUCUCCUAAAACAA